AUGAGCGAAGUUCAGGAAUCUGAGAAUGAUAAAUUAGAAUCGAAUGCAGUAUUAGAAACGCAAGAAAUCGCGGAGGAUGAAAUUGAAAAGUUAAAAGGAGAUAUUGUCGGAGAUACUCUAUACAGUGGCAAAUGGAUAAUUAGUAUUUUACUUUCAAUAUCAAAGGUUCCUGAGGAUGGCUGGAAUGAAAAAGUGGAGAAUGAUUUAUGCACACUGUGGGAUAUGACAACAGAGAAAGACAUUGUUAACUUUCUUGUGGAUAAUGACUUUUUUAAGACUGCAGAACUUGCUUUGAACUCCUCUGAAGAACCAAGGUUUACGGAAAUCAUUUUGGGAAUAAUUGGAAAUAUGACCUGCGAACCAUCAGUACUUGAUAUAUUAGGAGAGAAAGAAGAACUUCUUGAAACAAUUCUUCGUCUCCUUUCUUCCGAAGACACUGCUACGUUAGUACAAAUACUUCGACUUUUACGUUGUGCACUCUGGAAUAUUCAGACCAAUCCUGAAUCAAAAUGGAGAGCUAAUUUAAGAAAUUCAACCUUUCUGAGAGAAGUAGUUCCUUUUAUUUUAAAAAGUUCCACAAAUGAGGAACUUUUGAUCACAACAACAAGUUUCUUACGUUCUUCGGCAGAGAUCGAUCUUCCAUCUGGAAAAACAUUAUUAGAUGAUCUAUUUGAAUCUUCCAGUUUUCUGCCAGGAAUGUUGGAAUCGUUUGAAGAAGUUUUCCCUCAAGAGGAAGCACCUUAUUCUGCUUCGACUUUGAAAUAUCUUGAAGACUGGCUAGAAUUAUUUUCGAUUCUUCGAAAGGGACAUCAAAUUCAUCAAGAAAUUUUGCAAGAAGAUAAUUUAAGCAGAACAGUAGAAAUUCUGCGAAGAAUUUUAUCAAGUUUUAUCGAUCCAUGGAAUUUUUAUCCUUUAGAUGAAACCAAAGCUUCCUGCGUUCAUAGAUGUGCAGAAAUGAUUCUCGAUUUUCGAUGGAAAGGAUUUUUAAGGGUAGAUUCUACAGUUGAUAUAGAUGCAACGAUUUUAAAAAUUAUAGUUAGCAUCAACACAGCAAUGAAAGAAGAAGAAGAAGAUUCCAAAGAAACAAUGGAAGAAUUAUUAAAAUAUCUUGAAGGAUAUUGGAUUGAAACAUCGAAAAUUUCCUCAGUAGAUGAAAUUAUAAAAAUUUUAAAAACAAACGAAAAGGCUGUUAUUGAUCAUGCAAUAAAUUUAUUAAAAUCAAAAAUUCCUGCAGAAAAAAUCAAUAGUGGAAAUAACAUUUAUGUUAUGCUCUUUAUACUUUCCGAUUAAUCUGAACAUUGAACCAAGAUUGAACACUCAUACCGAUUCAAUGAAAGUUGUUCUUCUGGCAGAGACCUUAGGUCACUGGUAUUCAAAUACAUUUAACCAAGUUAAUUCGUUCGAUCUGCAAAGCACGUUCAAUUUUCAAAUUCAACUCAACAAAUGGAAUACAAUCGAUACAAAGGGAAAUUCGAUAAUGAAUUCUAGUACAAAUAAUUUGUCCUUAUUGUUCCAUAAAAAAUCAGAUUAUAUUUGCGAGCGUAUAUACUUGAGCGGCCGUGCAGCAACUAUACCGAGGCACAACGUCUUUAGACACCGUUGCGUGUCGACUUGCGAAAAGUUUUGA